CAAGAAUCGGUUGCCGAAUUGGCCUCUCCCCCACCGCCUAGUAGCUAGCCAGCUAUCGGCAGCGUUUGGUUGCUUUCGAGAGGCUGAUGAACAGAUCUGAUCAAUAGACUAGUCUCACAAUCUCAACUUCCAAGAACUCAAAAAGCGAACUAACUAAAUAGCUAGCCAGCCACGCACUAUCGUUAAAAUGUGCGCAACCACUCUCAAGCAAGAAAUGAAGGACCAUGGUCCUGAUCGCUGCAAGCAACGAACGCUACGAAGCAGCAUUGGUAAGAGUCUCCGAAAGCUCAUUUCCCCCACAAGUUCUUCUACCAGCCAGGCUACCGUUAACGUAUCCGCCAAGACUUUGGGAUCCUCCAAUGAUUGGAUGGCUACCGUGCCUCCUGAACUCACCGACAUUUCUUCGAGUAUGCGUUCCGGUAUGAGCGACGUCUCAAGCUCAUCAAGCUCCUCAUCAGCGGCUGUCUGCAAGGACUUUUCUCGCUUUUCGUCGUCUACCAAAGACGAGUUGAACGUAUCUUCCUCGACCAAUGCCACAUCUCGAACUCGCUUCAGCUUUUCCACGGCACGUGCCUCCAAGAACUCCAUGGAUAUCUCAAGCGGUACUCAAAAGACACGCCGACGUGUCAACAAGCGUGCCAUCCUCAAGCCCCGUGGAAAACCACCCGUUCCACGCCGUGUGUCCUUUUGCAUUCGUGUGGAAAAUGUCCCGAAAGUGGAGGCCAAGACAAAGAAGGACAAUGCUGCCUCUGUGGAACUGUCUCUGCCCCUUUGGACAUCCUCCUUGCCUCCCUUUUCGACAUGCGCCAUGAUUGUGGGUUUGAUUGCCUUGUUUGGGUGCAGUCUGCCGUCGUGGGAGUCCAUCGAUCAAGUGGCGACCGUGGAAACCUUUUCCCGCACCAACUUUGACGGAACUCCUCGGGCCGUCAUUGUGAUGGGCCGACUCAUUUUAGCGGCUGUUAUGUUGGGAAACGCGGCUUCGGUGUUUCUUUACGGACAAUGGUACGCCGAUACAGACUACUUUCCAGACUCCAAAUUGACCGUGGCCAAGCGUAUCCCCUUUCAAGGAGCACUCACCAAGGGGGGAACACUAGGGAGUGGCUUGAAGUGCAUUGCGACAUUUACCUUGUGGUGUUGGAUUGUCGAAGGAUCCGCCUUUUUCUUGGCUGGAAUGAUCCCGUUGGUGCACUGGGUCGCCCCCAAUAUCAUCAUUUCACCCUACACUCUGCGAACGGCUCUCAUUCUAUGGGAGACGGCCGCACCCGUUUCGAUUCUGGUCAGUGCCGUCGUCAAGUACGCUCUCUGGCCCAUGGCGCAACGGCACGGGGAAAACAUCAAGCUUCUCAAGGCUACUGGGGCACUUUUGCAACACAAUCUAAACACGGUGGCGGCACUUAUCGAAGUUGGUCUACUGGGAGGCCUUCCGGUUUGCUGGAGUCACUUUGCCAUUCCGCCACUCUAUGGACUCGCCUACUUGCUAUUCAGCUACAGCAUGAUGUACUCCUGGGCACCCGUCCGCAAGGGACCGCAAUUCUUUUAUCCAUUCUUUGAUACGACUCUUGGAGCCGGCACUACAUCCCUGCUCUUGAUCGCCUUGUUGGCAGUCCUUCUGGUCAGUUUUGUCUUUUUCUGUGGCGCUGCCACUCUUUUGACCGGGGGGGCAGAGAUUCCAGUGGAAGCUGUGCCCUUUGCGGCCAUCUUUUUGAUUGUCAUGACUGUCUGCCGAGUUCAAGAUUAGGCGUCAACUUCCAACGUGCGUUCGUGUUCCCUUCAAAAAUGAACACACGCACAAGUCCAUCAAUCCGUGCACCCAUGACACAUCAUCCUUUCGAUGUUGAGUCAUUCAAUUCUAGUUCAUUAUCUCUUUCAUUUCCCAAACAAGCAACUUUAAAGCUUUCUCAACUAAUAGACCAACAGAAAAAUAAAUAGCCUACUACAUGAAUACAAUUUGCAUGCCAAGUCUACCGGUAUUCCCAGGAUAUUUUAGAGUACCUUGUCGCUUCUUAGUAAUUGCUUCCAUCAUCAUC